AAUUAGACUAACUUCCGUUUGCGACUGCUCAGUGAAAAAUAUUUGGAAAGACCAUGUAGACUAGGAUAUAUAUAUGGAAUGCUUUCGUUGUUAACGUUUACUUCACUUCAUAUUUGCUCUAUUGAUUGAUUCGGAAAUGGUCCUUGUAUUCAGUUUGUCAGACUGUACAUAACUGAGAAAAACGAUGUCGCUGUUCAAAGCUCGAGAUUGGUGGUCCACAACUGUUGGGGAGGAGGAAGAGUUUGACCUUGGGUGUUUAUGUGUAGCUAAUAUUGAUAAUGCUAGCGAUGAGCUAGACAAGAUAAUUAUUGGGAGUUACCAUGGAAUAUUAAGAAUAUUCAACCCCAAGCCCACAAAGACGGAUAAUGGUUGGUCUGGUUACAAGCCAGAGGAUGUCUUGUUGGAAGCUUCUCUGCCAGAACCCAUACUUCAACUAGAGGCAGGAAAAUUUGUAUCUGGAACAGAAAAUCUACAUUUAGCUGUCCUUCAUUCAAGGAAGAUUGCAGUAUAUAAAGUUGCAGUAACCUCAGGUGCUGUAGAACAUGGCAGACAUUUUCAGUUGAAUCUAUCCUUUGAGCAUAAUCUUAAAAGAACUGCCUUCAACUUCUGUUUUGGUCCAUUUGGUGGUGUAAAAGGGAGAGACUUUCUGUGUGUCCAGUCGAUGGAUGGCACUGUGUCAAUUUUUGAGCAGGAGAGUUUUUCCUUUUGCCGGUUCUUACCAGGUGCUCUGUUACCAGGUCCAAUCAGAUAUAUGCCAAAGUUAGACAGCUUCAUAACAGUCUCAUCCACAUGGCAACUGGAGUGCUACAAAUACCAAGUAUUAGCUGUUGCGACUGAUGCCAAAACAAAAGAAGAAUCUCAGAACAUGAAAUCUGGAAAAAGGGUUACAUGGGACUGGUUUUACAAUCUUGGAGAACAGGCUUUAGAUCUGAUGGUGGUAAACUAUGAAAAUUGUCCACCUUCUAUUAUUGUCCUAGGAGAAAGAAACAUAUUCUGUCUAACUGAAGUAGGAAAGCUGAGGUGGAUGAAGAAAUUGGAGUAUGAACCCAGCUGCAUUUACCCGUACUCUUCAGUUGUAGAAAACACAGUGAAUUGUCUGGUGGCCACUCAUACAACAAAUUCUCUCCUGAUUUACCAAAACUUCACACUAAAGUGGGCAGCUAAGCUUGAUUUUACUCCGGUCCAAGUUAGAAUGGGCACUUUUCAGGACCUGAAGGGUGUGAUAGUGAGCUUGUCUGACAAAGGUCGUCUGGAAUGUUCCUAUCUCGGUACAGAUCCAGCUUUGUUCAUACCUCCAGUUCCAGAAUCCAGAGAAUUAAAUUACGCUGAAAUGGAUCGUGAAAUGGCAGCACUUCAGAAGAAAAUCAAGCAAUCAUCGCACAAAACCGUUCUGAUGCCCAAUCUGAAGAAGCAGGAAGACGAUGUUCAGUUGAUAGCUCAUGUAAACCCCAACCUGGAUGAUGUCUCCAUGGCUACCAAGCUGGAAUUUGAAGACCCAGACCCUGUCCCGUCCAUCACUGUCCGUGUCCAGGUUAAAGCCAGGCUGACCAUAGAACAUGUCAAAAUGCAUGUCCAUGUGUGUUGGCCACUCAAGUCCAAUGUAUCAUCGUUUGAGAUUCCCUCUGUGGAUCCCAGUAAUCCCUCAGAGUAUUUUGUGGCGUUCUACAUGGUGGGGAAGGCCCUCCCUUCUGAGAUGUCUGUCUCUAUAUCAGCGAACUACACGAGUGCAUCAGGUGCUCCAAGAGUUGCCACAGCGAGGGCCAAACUGCCCAUAAAACUUGUGAUGAAACCAGUCCCUCCAGUGAAAAAUGCUGAGUAUAAACUGACGCUAGACAGUAACAAACCACCAGCCAACUUAAAUGAAGUCUUUCCAGAUCUGCUCGGGGAAAACGCUGGAGGACAGGGAGCUGCUCUCGGGUUUCAGUAUUACGGAAAUGGUCCCAUCGUGUCGGUCUUGGCAUCCAAAACUUCUCAAAGGUACAGACUUCAAUGUGACCGAUUUGAAGCCAUGUGGCUAAUGGUGAAGGAGUUGGCAGGCAGACUAAACAGUCACUUUAAUCGGAGUAAAAACGACAACUUUACAAUAUAUUUCUCCGGACAAUUACCACUGCAAGAAUUCUUUGACUUGAUUGAUGCUCACUUUGAGCAUCGACUGAAUGCAGAUAGGUGCAAAGAAAUGUUAAAUCAGAGAGCUUCACAAUUCCGUGCAAUACAGAGACGACUGUUGACUCGGUUCAAGGAUAAAACACCUGCUCCUCUAGCUAACCUAGAUACAUUGUUAGAAGGAACCUACAGACAGAUCUUACACUUAUCGGACACAAUAGAAGAGAACAAUAAAUCUCAGGAGGUGGCAGCACUCAGUCUGUCCGGCGGAGCCUAUCUGUUUAACUACCUGAUCAAGCUGUGGACCAGCAUGUCAGACGAUGAAUUCAAGGUUUUACAGAACACCAUUACACCUGUUGUAUCCAGCUCCACAGAACAGGGAUGGCAGGAGUCAGUAGAUGCAGCAGUUACACACCUCCUGAGGACAACUUUAGCCAAGUCCUCCAAAGACCAGACCCUGAACCCCCAACCUCUUCAGAUCCCAGAGGACACCACCAAGGUCAAGAAACACAUUGCCCUGAUGUGUGAUAAACUGGGCAAGGGAGCCAGGCUGGUGGAUGGACUACCUCAGAACUCCAUGGUAAACAUAAAUCCCUCACCAAGAAAAGAGAAGAAAGCCAAAGUUUCUGCUACAAGUAAAACCGUUAUGGAAAAUGGACAUAUAGAUAAUAGUGAUGAUACAGAGACUCUCAUAGGAAGUCAGUUUGGACAACAUAAGAGUAAACAUAACAAAGAGCCAGAUUUUGGAUCCGAUCUUAAUGGGUUGACUGAUUUGUCAAUGUUAGGAUUACCGGCAGAAAAUGUUGCAUUUAAUGAUGAAAUGACUGAGAAAAAGAAGAAGAAACACAUAGAAGCAAUGGUUCCUGACUUGGAUGAUAUGGAGGAUGAACCAGUGAUGCUAGAAAAUUAGUACAUGGUGCCAUGUUUUAUGUACACAGUAAAAAAACGUGAGAUCAUCAGUAUUGAUACGAGUGAGAUAUUCCGUCCAUUAAGGGAGAAGCUUUCCCUAUGUACUUAAUUAUUCUGCACCGUGAUAUCUGCUAUAGAUAUCUAAAUAGUGCAAGUGUUAUUUAUAUCUACAUCAGUUCAUGUGUUGGUGAUAUCUACAUCAAUGUGUUAAUAUGUUAACGAAGAUAAAUCUUCAGACUUCAUCAAUCUCUCCUCUCAUGCACAAGGUUGUGGUGAUUGAGCAACUAAAGGACAGUGGUUUUAUUGUCAUUAAAUUUUUAUUCAUAUGUGAUUGUAUUCACUAUUUUAUUUUGAGAUUAGUGGACGAAUGUGCUGAUCUUGAACUUGUUAUUUUAAAAGGUUGUUAAAUUAUUCGAUGGUCAUACAGGUCUCAACGUCAUGAGUAAUUUGGUCAGAAAAUUUGUUCCAAUGCUGACCAUCUUGCCUCACUAAGAAUAAUUCAAUAUUGAAGUGCAUUCCUAUUUACAUAUCUCUGCUCAUAGGCUGUAUUACUGCCUAUCAUGUAAUGGCAGUUUUCCCAAAGCCUCUAAUACUUAUCUAUUGGGUAAAUAAGUAAGUAAAUUUCAUUAUAUAAAUACCAAAUAUAGUCCAUUAUAAAACUGGUAGUUUAUAGGAACAUUCCGACCAAAGUAACUGGCUCCUACCAGUAUUACAGGAGAUAACUCAAUCUUUUGGUCACAAUGUUCUAUAUAACUAUGGAUCUGUUUGCCAAAUUUCAUGUGCCAGGAUUUCUCAAGGUUCUAAUAUAUGAUAGGCAACAUGAAAACUCAACAAUAACACCCCACCCCCCAGGCAACUUACCUUGGUUUUCCCUGCCAAGUAUUAUGUUGUUUGUCCGUGUAAAGAAGGAACUUCUCAUCGUACGAUUUGAGACCUAGGAUCUGUACGACAUACCUCCACUGUACCACUGUAUACAGAUCUGUGAUGUUUUAACAGUUUGAAAACUAUACUUAUUUUAAAACUCAACAAAUCCCUUCGUACCUUCAUAGAAGAAAAUCUUCGUUUAACUAUUUUAUUGUAUGUUUUUUUGUUAUUUUUAUUUAUUCUUUGCUAGUUGUGUAUAGAAUGAUGAAAUACUUAUAUUGUUAUGUUUUAAUAUUUAUAUAUUCUGUGUCACAAAUUAUCAUUUGUAGUUUGAUUAUGAAAUCUUUUACUUUAGUGAAGGUAUCUUUUUCCAUAUCAAGAUCAUUCAAACAAAGUGUCAUCAUCAAAAUGAUUGAAAAAUAUUAGUUAGAAAUCAGAACUAAUUGUAUGAAUUCCAAUAAGAUGCUGGAACAAAAUUCGUUUUCAACAUAGUCUUAUCAUGUCAACAAAAUGUUUUUUAUUGGUGCAUUUUGCCACAAGAGAAUGUAGAGGGAGCAUGUAGAGACUGUCACUGUUUAGUAUUUUUAGUUGCACUGUGUCAGCGUGUGGUGUAAAUCCUGUCCACCCUGUGUCUUGUUGUGAUGAUGACCAGUAUCUGUAUAUAUCCAGCUGCUCUUCUGUGUUCAGUUUGUAACUUCAUUCAUUGAUAGUAACUGCAUAUGGUGUUUAGCACAUCUCACUUGAACUGAGCUUUUUCUGAUUGAAAUUCAUUGCCUGAGUCUCUCGUUGGACAACCUUUCACAGGUGAGACUGGUUCUCUAGAAACUGUCAACUAAGUCCAGUCCAACUGGACAGAGAGCAACCUUCUGUUUGAAGAUAUUUAAGUUUCAUCACGUGAAGGACCAUGUCCACUUUCUAGGGAUGAUCUUCAUGGCAUAUUGCGUGCGAUAAUGAAAAUAAGAUGGGUUGACUUAAAAGUGUUUUUAGAGAACUACUUGGCCAGUGCUUACAAAAUAUGUGUGAAGGCUUCAUUACACAGUAUGGAUAGACUGUUGUAGGCCUCAGUGAAGAGUUCAAGUGAUUCUGUAUGAGCAAGAUAUCUCAGGUAAAUGUCAUGGCCCAUGGGCCAUCUAUAAGAAAAGGAGGGAGGAUACAUUAUAAUUUAUUUCUGUUAUUUCCUUAGUAGUAAAAUCAUUUUCAGUGUGUAGAUUUAACUUUGCAAGCUUUACAUUUUUUAAGAUUUGGAAAACGUGAAUGAUGUGUUAAAUUUAUUGGAUAAUAUAUAUAUUUUCCUAUGACAUUCAGCGAAAUAGAGAACUAUUAACAGAGUUAAAGUGGUUCAUCUUAUUUGUAUUGUUUUUGUAUGAUGUUUUAUGGAUGUAAAGAGGGAGAAGACAAGGGAGAUAACUGAGGUGAUAAAUGACUAGACAUUGUUACAGUAAUUCACAGGACAACACUGUCUCCUUUUUUAUGGAUAUUAUGAAAUAUAUUUUUGAAAGAAAAAAAAAACACCAACUUUUGAUUCAGGUUAGAAUAUAUGUAGUACAUAGGCAAACAUGUCAUUCUUCAGAUUCAAAGUAAAUUUUUGUCUUUAAAAAAAUUGUCCCCAAAACUACACCAGUCUAUUUACAAAUCAAGUUGUGACAUCAAUUUUGUUUUACUUGUAAAAAAGUAACAUACUGUUAAGUUUUCAAUGGUCAAAUACUAAUAGGCUUAAGGUAUCCGACCCAAAUAUCCCCAAAUUUAUAAAUGUUAUGUAAUGCAGAAGGAAAAGAUAAGUACCAUGCAAAGUGAUUCACUAAAAGAAUUUCAGAAUUGAUUAGACUUAUAAGACACAUACACUGUAAACAUUAGGCCCUCUGAGAAAAAUACAUUUCUGACUUAUGAAAAUCAAUUGAAAUAUAAUUUUUGAAGAAAGCUCAUGGUGAAAAGGUUCAUAUUACAAUGGUCUUUCAAAAUAUGCAAAGGAAAGUAUUGGUCACCAUACAGAGUAUGAAGGUAUUUCAUUCUUUCUAAAUUAUAACUUUAAAACAAUUGGAAUCACUAUAAAUAAAACUAGGCCCCAUAUGCUAUCGCCACCAUUUCUAUCAUCACACUAAAAAUGAAGGAGUUUGUUGUUAUUUAAACAAUAAAAUCCUUUUAUUUGUUGUUUUAUUGGGUGAUGAAGACAGCUAGCAUUGCAGAAAAAAAAUCAUUGUUGACCAUUUCGAUACUUUAAUAGCCGAUGCACACUGCAUACUUCGACCUUGACGGCGCUCCAUAUUUAGUAAUUACGCGGGCAGGUGGUAAUAAAAAACGGGAUCUGACUAGUCUGUGACCAUUGUAUGAUGAAAGUGAAUGUAAAUGUACUGUUUGUGAAAGUUAAUGUCUUUAUGUAUGGGAUACCUUAAAUUUUUCAUUAUUGAGAACAUUACUAGACAAAGUGAAUAGAAAACUGAUAGAUCUUUCUAAAUAUAUGUACUAUGUUCUACGAUGCUUUGUGAAUGCCUGGUUUGUUUCAUGUUAAUUACUGGAAAGAAUUGCAGCCCUGAUAAUAAAUCCAAAAACAAUAACAAAA